AUGGCUGCGAAUGGUCACAGCGCCGGCGACGGUUCCUCUCCUGGUUCCCCCAAGGAGCUUAAACUGCAGCCAGCGUGCGUAGAACCCCGCCAAGCCGAAUUGACGGCCAUGCACGAAUUAGAGACUGAGCUGGGCGACGGGUUUCAAAACGUCGGUCGAAUAGCGAGUCACCAGCAGGGAUCACCUGGCACCCCCGACCCGAGUUUUGACCUCCGUGAGUUUCGAAUCCAAUCACCUGCUCAAGCCAACUUGGCCGAAACAGAGGGAGCGAAAAGGGUGGUUGUUGGCCAUGUCAACCAGGCUGCGUUUCGAGAAAUCCUGCAUGACCCGACCAGGCUCAGUUUCCUUGGGGACACGUAA